AUGCUAGUUAAUUAUGCGUCGUUGAAAGCCAUCUAAGUGCCUAGAUUUAAUUCCGGAUGACUAUGUAUCUUGUUCACUGUUGGGAGCAUGCUUAGCAUUUAGUUGUUCUUCAAUAAUGUGUGCUUAACUAGCAUUUUUUUUUCAUUUUACCUUGGUUUUUGAUUCCUUCUUUCCUUCUGUUUUAUUGCCGUUCCUCUGCAUUUGAAGCGUUCAUUUCAACUCGUCAUUUUUUGUUAUUUGGCACAGUCUUUGCACUUGUUGGAUGUUUGUGACAUUAGACUAACAAGCAUAAUAUAUCACUGUAUCAGUGUACACAAUUUAUUCCGUUUUAUCUACACACCAUGUGAUACAUGAAUUUUCUUUGCCUUUCCCCCUCUUACAUGUAUCAUGAAACCUUUGUUGCAGUCAACACUUAAUGGGUUGGCUCCAACUCUCCAGGAUGCGACUGGUCGGUCCUUUUCAACUUCUUUUUCUUCUCAGUCAGCAGCAGCCCCUGGUUUUCAUCAUUCUGGUAUGUCUGAUCUCGAUUUUGCACAUUAUGUGUAACUAGUAAACAUGAAUACUAUGCAUAUCUUAAAAAUAUCUGUUACAGGUGCCAUGCUAGGGCUCCAUAACAUCCAGGGGGGGAUUAAUGUUCCAACCAUGCCAGGGUCUCUGGCAUCUAGAAAUUCGGCAAUGGGUCUUGCUGCAUCAAAUGGUAUUCAACAACAAGGGGGUAAUUUAACUAGUGGUCGUUUUGCAUCAAACAAUCUUCCAGCUUCUAUUUCUCAGGUACUUAUCCAUUUUUUGUUUCCUACUCCGUUGUUUGUUUUUCGUUUAUGCCAUUCUACUACAUCACAUCAGAAACUAUUUCUUUGGUGCGUGCUUAAAUUUUGUUCAUAUCAUUGUUGUUUCAGAUCUCUCACAGUGGUACAUAUGGACACUCGGGGGUUACAAAUAGAGGAGUCGGUUUCGUAGGAAGUCCAGCAUUUAGUAGUAGCAUGAAUGGUGUUGGUGGCUCGAUUCCUGGCAUUAACCCGAGCUCUGCUGGUAUAAGUAAUAGAAUGCCUGUUCCUGGAUUGGGGGUCUCCCCUAUUUUGGGAAAUGCAGGACCUCGAAUUACAAGUUCGAUGGGAAAUAUUGUUGGGGGCGGUAAUAUUGGAAGAAGCAUAACAUCUGGUGGAUUAUCUGUUCCAGGCCUGGCAUCACGUGUUAAUCUAACUACUAACAGCGCCUCAGGAAGUCUAAACGUACAAGGAACCAACAGACUGAAGAGUGGCGUGCUUCAACAAGGUAGUGGUUGUACCUUAUCAACUGUCACUGAGCCAUUCUGCAAGUUAUGUUGAACACUUAUGAAUGGUGCAUAUACUUUAGUUUUAGAUGCAUUAUUGAUCAACUGAUUUUGCCAUUGCUUGUAUCAGUAAUCAAUGCUCCAUUUUUUCAGUUUUAUUUUGAUUAUAUUGUUAUGUCUAACUAUUUUUUAUGAAAUGUCACAACAUUCUCCUUGUGACUAUAAUUUUGUGCUAGGGUUUUUUUUCCUCACUUCUAAUAUAGAUUAACUACGUAGUGUUGACAUUGAUUUGCCACUAGAAUGUAUUUUGAAGGUCUAGGUUGGGUGUUGGAGUUUAUAAUAUUGGGAUAAGUUUUAUCUGUUGGUGCAGGAAAAAAUAUAGCACAGAUAAGCAACCACACAAGACAAAAGGGAUUUUGACGUAGAAUAGAAGUGGAAGGCACUGGGACGGUUCAAAAAGAGAACCAAAGAAACCCAUGAAUGUGAAAUGAGGAAGGCCUAAAAAUUGUCAAUCCAUUCUCUCCAGGAGAUCAUUUAUUAUAGUGGAUGUUGUUAAUGUUUCCUUUCUUUAGGUUAUCCUCUGUUUUAUUUAUUCUUUUUAAUAGUUCCUAUUUUUUGGGGUAUUGAACAAUAGCUCUACUUAUUUAAAGAGGAAAGCAUAUGAGAGAAUUAUUCUGGAACCCCUUCUCAGACGAAAUGAUAUCGUGAUGCCAUUUAGAAGUACCAAAUCACUGAUGAGCUAGACAGAGUGGUAUUGUACUUUGAGCAAUAUGGUACAUUUGGCACAAGACAAAAAUAUGGUGCGGUGAUUUCUGCGAAGGUAAUGGGGCAUGCUUCACGUGUUCCACCUAGAUAUGACAUAAUAGGAGACCAAGGUUGAGGUUCUCAAACCGAAUUCGUACGAUCCUAUUGACUAAAAUAAAUUUUAUAGAUGUGGCGAGUCAGGUCACUUAUUUAAAGCUUGCCCCAAGUGGGGUGUAGUGAAUUGCUUGGGAGCUACCAAUAUAUAAGGCAUUGAUGAGAAUGGUGAAAAUGUUCUUGGUUUUUAAGAACGAGAAAUUAUCAAAAGGGACUGUAGAGGUUUGCUGUUACAUUUAUUGGUUGUGAGGAGGUUUGUGUUCACCACCAACAAAGAAAGAGCAUCCAAAUUGACAAAUUUUUUCGAAUGUGAUGCAUGCCUACCGAACCGCAAAACAUGUGAUGUCGCUAUUGAUAGUAUCAGCAGGGAAGAUUUUGUUUCAUCUAUUACAUAUAAAAAUUUGAGGUGGGAUAAACAGGCACACACGCCCUUUCAAAAUUAGUUUGCUUAUUUUCAAAUAUAAGACAAAAGUAACAUAAUUUCUGAUUGUUAGGUUUACUCUUACAAAAGCUUGUGGAUAUAAUUGAUAAGAACGCUUGCUAAAUGAUUUUGGAAAGGCCAUGGCCCGUUGAUGUUGAUGUCAAUCAUUGUGAUAGAUACCGCAUUUAUAUCAAUUAUGACAGGACCAGAAUAUUAUUUUGUGGCCAAUGAAAGAAGAUGAAUGCCCUCAUUUCAGAAAAGAAAAAUUUGGUGUUUUUGAUGAAUGAAUAAAGAUUAGAAGACUUUGAUGCGUUUUUUGAAAAUUUUGGAAUGGUGAGGAGGGUACAAUUCAGUAUGACGUUUUUGAUCGAAAUACCGAAAUCACUACUGCCCCUAUUAUCUGAGCUUUGCAUAUCAUAGGCCCAAUCAAUUCGUUAACCCAUCUUCUAUGGAAAUACGAAACAGCACCAGAUUAAUUUCAUUACUAGAGCAAGCCUGGCUAAUUCGCCUCAUUACAUAAUGGACCUUGAAGGGAGUUAUAUCAUUUGAGGACAAACAACUGAAUUAUUGCAAAUGGGUUAGUAGGAGGCUAUGAGUCCUCAUAUUGUUUUGGUACUACUAAUACGAAAGAAGCAUAGUUGGUGUAUCUGUUGAUAGUCAUGUAAUAUACAAAAUUGCCAUGAAAUUUAUAUAUCCAAUCCCAUAGAUGGAUGAUAUGCUAGGUAUACUUUUGGUUCGAAGGUGUGUGCAAAGAUGAGCUGAAAAAUGGAAUUCUGCUAGAUCAGUAUGCCUAGGUGAUCAAUUGAAGAUGACUUAUAAAACAAGAGAAGGCACAUAUGAGCAGUUGGUGAUAUCAUUUGUUCUUUUUAAUGCUGUUAGUACGUUCAUGAGAAUGACGAACCAAGAACGACGACAAUUUAUUAGUCAAUUCAUUGCUGAUAUAUUGAUGAGUAACAACACACAAUAAUAUCUCAUAUACUUUAGAGAGGUAUUGAUAGCUUCACAAGAGAACAACUUGUGCAUCAAUCAUAAGAAGUUCAAUUUUCUGACUUACAGACUAUUAUUCUUAGGCUUAGUGAUUGGUACAAAGGCAUUCAAUCAUAACUUUGCACACAAGAUGACGAUAAGAUAUAGCAUCAGAGACUAUAGGGGAUGUAGUUUUUCACAAACUUUCUACGAUUUUACUGUCCAUUCAUUCAAAAUUUUGGCAAUAUUGUGGCACCUAUCACUUAAUGCACAAGUAAAGGAUAAUUUAAUUGGAGCAAAGAGGUUGACAUAAGUUUUAAACCUUUUGGGGAAAUAAAACUCUUUGAAUGUUUGAAAGAUUUAUAUGAAGCUGGUGAAUGCUUUGGCAGAGUAUUGGUUUGAUGCAAGACGGGCCAGUUAAUUUAAGGAUGUCAUUUGCGAUCAUGUGUCCUGAGGAAUUCAUUACACGAAAGGAUCCCUUGUGGACCGCGUGGAGGAUUGAGAGACCAUUUGGGCAUGAUAGAACUUAGUCAAAUAACAAUAUUAUGAUCCUCAAAUUAGCAGAGAUAUAAAGGAUGAUAUGUGAGGAUGUAGAAUUUGUUAGGUCAUUGAAGAGCAGUCUAAGAAAUAAGGCUUUUCUUAUACCUAAGUUGUACGCAAUGAUGAGAAAAUUCUAACUUUAUGAUCAUAUAGCUUGUACGCUUAUGAGAUGUGCUUCUGAGGUUUAGAAAUUUUGAAUUCGUGGAAUUUGUUCAUCUAAUUUUACAAGGAUCUUUAUAGCUUAAAAAGACCAAGUAUUUGUUGCAAAAAGUCAACCCUCGCCUUAGUGGCUAGAAAAGGAAUUUUUUAGCUUUUUUCUGUUACUAUUUCUAGCACUGUGGCCAUUGUGACUCUGCAGAUUUUGAUACCUUUAGUUGGAGUUGACUGUUGGGAUUCCAAGUUCUGUUUUACUUUUAUGUGUUGGAACUUCAUUUCCAGCUCUUAUUUUUCUAAAAACAAAAUAGCUAUUUUCUACUUUUUUUUUUCAUUUUGUUCAUUUUUUCUUGAAAACCUUUAUUGCUUGCCUAAAAUGUAUGCCAAAGAAAGCAUAAUUAGUGCAUCACUUGGGAUUUGUAAUGAUCAAUAUCAUUUUCUUUGUUUUAAGCUAUUAUUUUCUUGUCUUUGUUUCAUUUCUCUAGUGGAAGCCCAUUAUUCAUCAGAAUUUGUCCUAAAUUUUAAUUUUCCCUAAACUGUUGUCAUUCUUCUACUUUGCUGACUAUUACACUGGUGCACUUGUAUUUACUAGAUAUCCCACAUAGAAACAAUUAGGCACGAUUUGUGUAUGUUUUUGUUCUGUUUUGUUUGAUCAUGUCAAAUGGUUUCUUACUCUCUAAUUCAUGUUUUGAUAACAUAGCUCCCCAGAUGAUGAGCAUGCUUGGAAAUUCGUAUCCCACCUCUGGAGGAACUCUAUCUCAGAGCCAAGUUCAAGCAGGGAAUAAUCCAUUAAGCUCCAUGGCCAUGCUGAAUGAUGUGAAUCAAAGUGACAUAUCUCCUUUUGACAUCAAUGACUUCCCUCAGUUGACUGGGCGGCCAAGUUCUGCAGGAGGGUCUCAAGGGCAAUCAGGUAGUCAAAUGCAACAACCUUGGGUUUUCUACGGACUGUUAGAUGCUUCAUGAUGUCACUGCACGGUGCCUGAUUUUCUGAUUCGCUGAUUCAUAGUGUCACUGCGAAAGCAAGGGCUGGGUGUUAAUUCUAUUGUCCAGCCAAACCAGGAAUUCAGUAUACAUAAUGAGGAUUUUCCAGCUUUACCGGGAUUUAAAGGUACAUUCAUAUACGGUUUCUCUUUUACUGUUGACUGUUUUUUGUGCGCCAACUCCCUAUUUUCUGUCAAGACAGUCGCUCACAAAUUUUACUUCCUAGAGAAUUGUCCAUAUGGUUUAACUUGCUGUUUAUUGUAUAGUCCGUAAUGCAAGUUUUUGCUGACGAAGGCCGCAUAUAAAAUUUCGAAUUAUUUUUCGUAGGAGAUAGCGAAUGGAUGCCGACUCAUUCAUACAGCAACAAAUAGUCCCAACUCCAUGACGUGUAGACCAAAUAAGUCAUUCAGGAACAUAAAAUUUCCACCCCAUGACAUGUAGAUCAAAACAUUCCUAAUGAUGUCAACUGGGAGUCCGUUUAUUGUGAUCUUUUGGCAUCAUCUAAGUAUCACUUUAUGUCAAAAUCUUCUGUCUCAUGCACAGAAGAUUUUUUUUAGGGCUUAUCGAGACUUCACCUCUGUCUGAAUUUGAAUUGGUUUGGAUGGGGGGUAUCCAUUUGAAAAUAAGUAUGGAAAUAAGAUAGGUAAAGACACAUUUCUUAUCAUUUUUUAGUGCUCUUAGCGGAAGAUGCAAAUAUUUAGUUGCCCCUUGUAGCAAUUGGAAUGCUCUUCUCUUGAUCAAUGUUCUAGGGUUUGGCUUAUCUUCUAUCCGUCUUACCUUUGUUAAUCAUGUGGAGUCGAAUCUGUUAGUUACCAUUUUCUGAGAAAUAUAGUCGAAUGACCGCUUUUCUUGGUAAGUAUUAACACCCUCUAUGCUAGUAUCUUUCCAGCUUCCAUAUUUGACCUAGAUCACGAAAAAUUGUGUUUGAUGGAUGCUGGGUUGUGUACAUCUUUUUCAUCCAUCUGUAUCACAUUUGGUUAUCGGUAGUGCUUUUUUCCCGUCUGUUCAAUGUGUUGCAAACGAUCUUCAUAUACCUUGGAGUAGUGAUGAAGGCAUGGACGAUUGAUAAGAGUCACCUGUCCCUGUGUACUUGCAUCUCUACCCAUGAAAUCCAACGAACCAUUGCCAAACUCGGUGGAGAAGGUGGCUCUCUGUUUCUGGAAGGACUUUCGGUUUACUAACUAAGUAUCUAACCUGUUUUGAUGGGCGCAUGGUGUUUUUACCACUUUCCAGCUAAAAUGAUCUAUAAGGUUAAGAACUUAUAAAUUUGAUACGAAAUAGUAAAAAAAAAGUCGAAAUAUUUGACAUAUGUUGAGACGACGUGGGUCUACGAAUGCCCCCUGAAUAAGCUCUCUGUAUCUGUUCCAUUUGAAUGCCACUGCGAGUCCUUCUUUGGUGGGGCCUCUCAAUGCUCAAUAGUUUUCCUUCCUAUUCUCAGGGUGAAUAACGAUUUUCUGCUGAUACAUCUUCUUUAACAUUUCAAUGAGAAAGUUUGAUUGGCAGUGGCAACAUUUUCCCUGAUCGCUUCUUCUUUCUUGUUCAGGCGGGAACAAUGAUUUCACCAUGGACGUGCACCAGAAGGAUCAGCUCCAUGAUAGCGUGUCGAUGAUGCAGACUCAACAUCUAAAUGCGAGCCCGAGCUUCCAUGUGAGCUCUGAACCUCUUGGGCCCAUCUUCCUCAACUCGACACUCUUAUGGGAUCGAGCCUCAAUGCCCUUUUUCGUGCAUGCAGAUGGGGAGGUCCGCUGGCUUCAACAUUGGGGGAAGCUACCCAUCUCAUCACCAGCAGCAGCAACAGCACAGCCCCUCGUUCAACGUCGUUGACUUCUCCCCUUCUAACAGCCAGGACAUCCAUCUUCAUGGGUCCGACCUGUUCUCAUCGUCCCACGGAUCUUUCCAUCCCCAGGUACUUGUCGCGAGCGAUGCCUCCCUUCUGACAACCUCGGCUUCAGACUUUGCGACAUAUUUUCUUUGUGCCCCCUUACAGGGUCAGAGUGGGGGCCCUCCAAGCAUUGGGCUGAGGCCUCUCAGCUCUCCAAACCCUAGUUCUGGCAUCGGGGUGUAUAACCAGCUCCUCCAGCAGUACCCCUCGCAGAAUCCGUCGCAGUUUCGUCUGCAGCAGAUGCCUGCUCUCAGCCAGUACAGGGACCAGAACCUCAAGGCCAUGCAGGGCACACAAGGAGCCGCCCCUGACCGAUUCGGGUUGCUGGGCUUGUUGAGCGUGAUUAGACUUAACGACCUGGACUUGUCGUCCCUGGCCCUGGGUAUCGACUUGACAACCCUGGGGCUGAAUCUAAAUUCUACAGAUACUCUGUAUAAGACCUUUGGUUCCCCCUGGUCGGAGGAACCAGCCAAGGGGGAGCCCGAGUUCUGCGUGCCACCAUGCUACUAUGCCAAGCCGCCACCGGAGCUGCAUGUGAGCUCCUCCCCUCUUCUUGCCUGGACUUGUGUCUGAGGUUGUGCGUAUCUCUGACUUUGGUGGGUGGGUGCAGCAGGGGUUCUUCUCCAAGUUCAAGCUGGAGACGCUCUUCUACAUCUUCUACAGGUAAUUCUCAUCUGGCGGCAAGAUCUUUGCCGGGCUCCAUCAGAACAUUGAUACAGUUUCUGAAAUUUAUGACCGCAGCAUGCCGAAGGAUGAGGCUCAGCUGUAUGCGGCCCAUGAACUGUGAGUCAUCUCCUCUGUCCCCUUCCCCAUUCUAAUUUCUUAUUGAUAGUAGCGAUCUGCUUUCUCUUGGUCACAACGAGGGAAUCUUGUGGGUGGGUCAGCAGUUUUCUUUCUGUCAGGAAGUGAGUUGUCAACUGGUGUUUCAACCCGCCUCUUCCUCUCUUUCUCUUCAGGUGCUCGAGAGGGUGGUUCUACCACAAGGAGCACCGGCUGUGGUUCAUCAGAGUGGCCAACGUGGAGCCUCUUGUGAAGACGAAUACUUACGAGAGGGGAUCCUACCAUUGCUUUGAUCCCAACACAUGGGACACUAUCCGGAAGGUCUCUCUCUCUCUCUCUCUCUCUCUCUCUCUCUCUCUCUCUCUUACUCUUACUCUUACUCUUACUUCUGUGUGCCAACUGGGUUUCCUUGGGGUGCAGGAUAACUUUGUGGUGCACUAUGAUUUGGUGGAGAAGAAACCGGCGGUUCCAAACAGCCGGGCUCAGACUUUGGCGUAG